AUGGCGGACGAAGGCAAGAAGGAAGAACCGAUUGCGGUGGGGGACGAGUCGAUGGAGAUUGCGACGGAAACGCCGACGGGUGGAGCGCUCACUCUAGACGAUAGCCACGCGACGGAUCUGGCGACCCUUCCUAUGGGUCAAGACGAGGUGUCUGAGCGGCUGGAAUCGCUACACAAGACGGAUAUGAAGAUUGCCAAGAUGACAGAGACGCUGUCGAACGCGAUUGAUCUGCUGAUUCCACGGUCAGAGCUGGAUAUCAACAGCUUUGAGCUCAAGGAGGGCGACAAGGGCUGGGAACCGGGCAUUCAACAGGGUCUGCCCUCUCUUAAAUCUGCAUUCAAGGUCAACUCCAUUGAGUUCCUACAGUCGCUGGAGGAGGUGUCGACAACACUGCGAAAGGAAAUCAAGCGACUGAAUGAUUUUAGCCGCGACAAGGUGCUUCCCAUUAACACGGACACCAAGGCCCAAUGGACGUCAUUGGAGAACUACGACAAGAUAAUUAACCAGAUCAAGGGCAUGUUGGGGGCCGAGGACAAGGAUAAAGAGAUGAAGGAUGUUUAG